CAUUCUAUUUAUAUAUACCUUAAUUACUACCAGUUAUGUAGAAAAAAUCAACUGCAUCUUUUCUAUGUCUGAAACAGCUUCCACGACCAAGCCAAUGGAAGAUGUUCCUUCACUGAUUUACAAAAACCCCAUUAGGAGAAACUCUAGGCGAUCUACAAUGUAUCUGGGCGUGAGAAGAAGGCCAUGGGGAAGAUAUGCUGCUGAGAUUAGGAACCCUUACACCAAAGAGAGACACUGGCUAGGCACAUUUGACACUGCUGAAGAGGCUGCUAUUGCCUAUGAUCUUUCAUCUAUCAACAUUUCUGGUAUCAAUGCUCGAACCAAUUUUCAUUACCCUUUUCUGUCUCUUCCGCCACCUCCUAUCUCAUUGCCUCCUCCGCCGCCGCCACCUACCCCGGAGCUGCAUCAAAGUGUUGGAGUUUGUCCGGAGAUGAACUCUGCUUUCGAUGGCGAUGAUGAAUCUCUGGUUAUUGCUUCCAUUUUGCAAAGCUUUUCUAACUCUGGUAACUGUUCUUUUUAGUUUUUUAUUCCAAUGAGACCUGAGAAAAGGUUAUAAUCAGCAUUUGUUAUUACU